CGUGUUUGCCUGGGUAUGAUGAUUUCGGAGAAGCAGAUGAGGUUGUUGGAGCUAGUACGAAAUUGGACGAACCGAAGCAUCUCGAUGAACCUCAACUCUCUUGGAAUAUUGACAGCAAUUGAACAGCCGCCACCAUGUCGACGAUUCUGAGGUCGUUGCGCAAUCUGUAUAGAGUUGGUCUGAGGGUAUAGAACCUAUUUAUUACGUGUUUGGGAGCUUGCUGACGUUGUGGUGAUAGGAUGCUGCGCAUCAGAUGCAUUACCAAGGUGAUACCAAGGCGGGCACAUUGAUCGCGAAGGACAAGUUUGGCAACAAAUACUACGAGAACUUGGAGGAGGAAUUGCCUUUGCGAACACGAUGGGUGGAUUACAAGGAGAAGGAGUUUGAUCCGUCACAAAUCGAGCCCGGAUGGCACGCCUGGAUUUCAUACAUGGUUGACAAGCCACCGACUCAAGAUCCCAUCCUUCAGACUGGUGUAAGGCCGUGGGAGCUACCAGAACAUCGACCGAAUUUCACAGCAAGCCGGGGUGCUUUCAAAACAUACUCUACCGUUAAGCCGAAGAUCAAGGCUUGGACACCAGAAGCUGCGCCGAGGGCAUAGACAAGAGUCAUAGAGGUGGAGUUGUACAUAGUUGAAUAGCAAAUGGAGUUCUUUGUUCAAUUUAGGGUUACCCAACAAGGUUACUGAACAUUGUCCAAG